AUGAAGCUCUUAUCAACCGCCGCUACAUUCCUCCUCUGCGUCGCCCCCUUCUCUACCGCCCGGUCUCUGGACUUCUUCAACUCUCAAACCCCCAUCCAAGCAGAGAAUGAGGCUGUGAAAGGCGAUAACCCCCUCGAGUACUGCAAUGAUCCUUCGAGCUAUCUUUUGCAAAUAGAUCAUGUCGACCUAACGCCUAAUCCUCCUCUGCCUGGAAAGACUCUCAUCAUCCAAGCUACGGGUACCCUGAAUGAGAAGAUUGAAGAUGGAGCAUAUGUGAAUUUGGAGGUCAAAUAUGGCUUGAUUACUUUGGUCAGGCAGACGGCCGACCUGUGCGAGCAGAUCGUCAAUGUUGACCUCAAAUGUCCCCUAGAGAAGGGCGAGAUGACUUUAACUAAGCAAGUUGAGCUGCCCAGACAGAUCCCUCCGGGCAAGUACACUGUGCAUGCCGACGUUUACACCAAAGACGAUAAACAUGUUACCUGCCUUCAGGCCCGUAACAUCGAGUUCAAGGCGGGCUUCAUGUGAAGCUGACUCGGUGCUUCUGAGUACAUGGCCGCGAUGCAUAUUUUGCGCUGUUGACGCUGGUUGUCCUUGCGUUUUAUCGCCCAUAACGAGCUGACGUUACUACUUGCAUAUGUUGUCGUUUUGUUUUCUCCGCUUGCCUCUACUUAAGCCCGCCUUCAUCCUCGAGCCUCACAGUGACAUGCCAAAGCUUACGAAAGCCAUGCCACGCUCUACGAUUGUUGCUAACAUUUCGUUGCGCUACGUCUUCAACGGUGUUUUGGGUCUUGGUUUAGUGCCACAUAUUGUAGUCCAUCCUUAUCGUUGUUAUUAUAAUCCGUGACCUUCUUUUACUGGCAUUACCUAGCAUCUGUACUAAAAUGCAUUUGAAACAUUGAACCUACUGAGAGCAUAGCCUAUGAAAUGUGCUAGUAAGUAGCCAGGCUUGGGGUCCAACGUAGCG